UAUCAAGCUUACAUUCGAGCAGAGUGCUAGCAGAAUUAGACAGAUCGUGAGCACGAGAAAAGUUCUCAUGUGCUCAUUAAUUAUUAACUCUCAGAUCUUAUCAUUAAAAUUUAAAAGCUCACGGCUUGAUCAGUUAAUUGAUAUCCGCUUUUACCGAGUUCUUUGUACUCUGAUACUUAUUUUUUUCCGUGAGUUUAAAAAAGCCUGGUGUUUUUUUCAUUGCUGUUAUUACAACUAUACAGGCAAGUGUUGGUGAACAGUGCUUCCAGAUUCAACAAAACGGAUACUUAAGAAGCCUUGAAAAUAAUAUUUGGCGAAUUUCCCAAAUUAUUUUUCUAAACUCUGUUAUAAUACACGUGGAUAAAUCUUGCACAAUGAAGAGAUUUUGUUUUAGGUGUCUGUUAAUAAUAAAACCCAUCAUUUAAACAUUAUAAUUUUUUCCAUUAAAAAUAAUUAAUAAUAAUCAGAUUAAAAUGGAGCUAAACGAAACAUUGCAGCCAAAUGAUUGGGCAGAAGCAACUAUGACGGGAAUCCAAAUGUACUAUACACCAGUGCUAGUGUCAUUGGGAACACUUGGUAAUUGUUUAUCCAUCUACGUUUUCUUCCGUACAAAAAUGCGCCGUGUGUCUUCAAGCUGGUAUCUAUCAGCCUUGGUAAUAAGCGACACGGGUUUCCUCAUAUCUCUUUUAGUAGCCUGGUUAAAUAUGGUCGGAAUUGGUUUAUUUAAUCGUCCAGGUUAUUGUCAAUUUUUCAUCUACCUCCCGACACUGUGUAGCUUCUUAAGUGUCUGGUUCGUAGUUUCAUUCACCAUCGAGCGAUUUGUAGCCGUACGUUAUCCGUUACGUCGACAGUCAAUGUGUACAGUUGCUCGAGCUAAAACUAUAUUAAUGAUAUUGACAUUGGUUGGAUUAGUUUUAUGCAGUCCGGUGCUCUGGUUUUCAAGACCACGGUACACCAAUAAAAAAUUAAAUACCACUGUAUGUUUACUAGCUGAAGAAUGGGCUGACUGGGCACGUGUAUUUAACGUCGCUGAUACUAUUCUAACAUUUGUCCUCCCGUUUACUGUUAUUGUUGUGCUUAAUGGAUUAAUUGUUAAAUCUGUUUGGCGACUAGCAGGAGUGCGUAGGACCCUAACUACAUCCACAACUAAGAAAAUAACUUCUUCUUCGUUGAAUAAAAAUAAAUCAUCCCAGCAAAAAUGUAAACAUUCACCUGGUGUUUCGCAAAGCAAAGUUACAAAUAUGUUAUUAGUUGUUUCAAGCUUUUUUUUAUGUUUCAAUUUACCAGCUUACGUCAUGAGAGUUAGAGCAUUUCUUGAGGAAGACGAUGAUCCACCUCGGGCUAUUGUGAUAACACAGCACAUAAGUAAUUUGUUGUUUGACACAAACUUUGGGAUUAACUUUGUAUUAUACUGCGCUAGUGGACAAAAUUUUCGUAAAGCUGUUGUUGCGAUUAUCUUACGUCGUAAAAAACGAUGGAAUUCCGGGACAAGGAUUUCAAAUCACGAGUUACGGAAAUCUUACAAUGAAUCAUCGAGCCGUCAACGGACAAUUGUUUAUGAAGUACCUUGGUCUGAAGAAUACGAGUUGCAAAGUUUUUCAAGACGUCCGUCGCGUAAAACUAAAUUUUUAGCGCAGAAUUCAAUUCAAGGCCAAUAAGGAUAUUUAUAAAUAAAUACAAUUAAACUUACUUGUUUCAAGCUCUGCGGUUGGAAGAGGUCUUACAUUACCAAAGAACCUUUGGUCUAGAAGCUGGAGAAGUUGGAGGGCUGCAUCUUGUACUGAUACGCGUGGGCAACCUGUAUUCAUCAGACUGACGUUUAUAACGCUGGUGUAAUGGUCGCAAGGAUACUCUCUGAAUUAAAACAGAAUAUAAAAAAAUUUAAUUGUUAGGAAUUUAUUGUUCUAAAUUUAUGCUUGGAAUUGCAUUAAUCCAUUUGUGAAAAUUAAAACAAGCUAUUAAAUUUUACGAUAACUCUCAGAAAAAGCGAGUAUAAUUGUGAAUCGAAUUAUAAAGUAAUUAACUCUUUUGUCUGAUUAAAUAAUUCAAUUGUCAUUAAUAAUGAAUAAUAACCAGUAUAAAACAUUAAUAAUAUGCUUUUAAACUUAAAAACUAAUUAAAGUUUUUCUUCAAUUAAUAAAGUUAUAAAUAUGAAAAAUUACCUGGCGCUAAAAAUUGUAGCUAAUGCGAGAAAACAGCCAUCAGCUACUUGCGGAAGGCCUGUGUAACAUCUAUCCACUACCCAAUCAAGCAAAGUUCCAAUGUCAGGGUUUCCUUCCAAUAAUAAAACAACUGUUUCACGUGCAAGAGUGUAAAUCUUUAAAUAAAUAAAUAAAUAAAUAAUAAUUAUUA